UGUAAAAGUCGUUUCUUUUGUCUUCAAUCCCAUAAGAACUCCACUUAUUUUGAUACUCUGCCGUAAUCCCAUCUUUCUAGAUUCUAAUUUGGUCAUUUUUGCAUUUCCCUUUUGGAGACAAUCAUAUCCUCUUAAUCACAAAAUUUUACUGCCUUCUUUCUUUAGCUCUAACUUGCAUGAAAGUAGAAAUGUAUGGAAUUUAAGCUCUCCAUUUGUGCUGUAUUCGUAUGGUUGUGUUGAAGGUGACUGGUAGCUGUGCAUUCAUGAAUUUAAUUGUCCUUAUUACAUCCUCGAAGGCUACAUGUGGCUUUCUUUUCUAAUUUUCAAUAUAUUUUCUAUUAUCCUAUGAUUCUGAGUGAUAAAACUUUGCUAAAUUUAACAGUUUGACAAACUCACAGUUGAUGUUUGUUGUGAUCUGCAGUAUUUAUGAUGCUUGUUUUUAUAUGAGCACAAAGAAGCCACGCUUUUUCGGGAAUUCCAGGAGGUCUAUUUAAUGAUAAAUGCCACAUCUCAUGAUUACAAGAUGUGUGACUCUCCAGUUUCGCGAUCUGCCUUCAUCUUAAAUAGUUCAAUCUCCAGAUAUUCCGAUUCUGAAGCGAGUUACUAUAAGUCAGACUCUCAAUUAGAUGUCGUUGAUGAAUAUCAAAGUGAUAAUUCAUCCUUAGAGGUUAGUACUGAGGUGUGGGACUGUAGUGAAGAUGCGGAAAGUCUUGGAAGUGCUAAAAACCGAUAUUCUUACCCAUGCAGACUGCAGCUUGAGGAGGAUGUACAAAGGUUACAACAGAAGUUGCAUGAAGAGAUGGAACUGCAUAUUAUUCUGGAAAAUGCUAUUGAGAAAAAUGCAGUGAAAUUAUCCAGUUCAUCAUGCCUGCCACACCAUGCUCGGGAGCUUCUCUCUAAUAUUUCUGUACUGGAGAUUUCAGUUUCAAAGCUUGAACAAGAGAUAGUCUCUUUACAUUUCCAGCUUAGUCAAGAAAGAAAUGAACGAAGGCUUGUCGAAUACCGUUUAAGGCAUUCAUCUUCUUUUUCGUUGACUAAGUGCUCCUCUGACCUUACAGAAUCAAUGCACCAUAAACCUGAACUGGGUGAUUGCCUAGAAGGCAACUCAUGCCGUGAGCAAGGAGGCCAGCCAUCAGAAUCUAAAGGUGAAUUGUGUUGUACAGAGUCGAUAAUGGAGGAUGCAGAUGACUCGGAUGUGUAUUCCCAUGAGAAGAAAACAUCUAAAAAGACAGAUUCCAAACCAAAUCACUUUGUGGAGUUCCGGAGGCUUCCUACUGAAAUAACUCCUAAAGGCUUCUGGGAUAACCCUAAUCAAUUAUCAGAAGAAAUGGUACGAUGUAUGAAAAAUAUAUAUAUGUCCCUGGCAGAUUCUGCUAUACUAUCCAAAUCUUCUGCAUCAGAGAGCCACUUCUCCUCUGCGUCACCUCGCGGACAUCUUUCAAGUUCAUCAUGGUGGUCAUCAUCUGAACGCUCAAUAAUUUCAUCAUGGGUGCAGAGUCCACAAAUUGAUGUACAGAGUCACACUGGAAUACUGGCCUCAGAGAAUACUUUUGAUCCCUACAAAGUGCGUGGAAAGCUAAGCUGGGUAGACAUUGGAAACUAUGGAUUAGCAACCGAAGUAUCAUGGAUGUCAGUUGGUAAGAAGCAAUUAGAAUAUGCUUCAGAGGCUCUAAAGAGGUUCAGAACACUUGUCGAGCAAUUGGCCAAAGUGAACCCUAUCCACUUAAGUUCCAAUGAGAAGCUUGCAUUCUGGGUCAAUUUAUAUAAUGCAUUAAUCAUGCAUGCUUACUUAGCAUAUGGAGUCCCUAGAAGUGACUUGAAGCUCUUCUCUUUGAUGCAAAAGGCAGCAUAUACUGUCGGUGGACAUUCUUAUAGUGCGGUAGCUAUCGAAUAUGUAAUUCUGAAGAUGAAACCACCCUCACAUAGGCCUCAAAUUGCUUUGCUGCUUGCCAUUCACAAGUUGAAGGUAUCGGAGGAGCAAAGGAAGUCUGCAAUUGAUGCAUAUGAUCCACUUGUAGCUUUUGCUCUAAGCUGUGGAAUGUACUCAUCACCUGCGGUAAGGAUCUACACUGCAAAGAAUGUAAGGGAGGAGCUUCAAGAGGCUCAGCACGAUUUCAUUCGUGCUUCAGUUGGGGUUAGCAACAAAGGGAAGCUGUUGGUUCCAAAAAUGCUGCACUGUUUUGCUAAGGGAUUGGUGGAUGAUGCAAAUUUGGCUGUAUGGAUAUCUCAUUACCUUCCACCAAUUCAGGCUGCCUUUGUUGAGCAAUGCAUAUCCCAGAGGCGGCAAAGCCUUCUAGGGUCUCGAAACUGUGGAACCCUUCCCUUUGAUUCACGCUUCCGUUACUUAUUUCUUCCGGAAAAAAAUUAACUUCGAUGAUGCUUCUACAUGCUAACUUAAAAUCCUUAAAACUUACUGCUGGCCCUGCAAAAUGUUUCAGAAUUAGGCUGUUACUGCCUCCAAUGUGAAAUCCGGCCUCGUUGAAGAUGGCGAGGGUGGUAGCAUUUCUGUUCUUUUCCCUAACAACCUCAAACUGGUUGCAUUGCAUCCUUGGAUGUUGUACAUUUUGUUUUUUAGUUGCUAUUAGAAGUGAAUAACACCAUUGUGGCAGGCAGCUGUAGCGUAUUUGAAUUUUCCAUCAAAUAAUGUUAAAUAAAGUUAAUGUUUUAAGAA